AUGCGCUCCUCCAUGUUUAGAUGUGUGAGUCGCGCUCAUUACAGCACAAGUGUCACAGAAGAUUUCAUAAAUAGCAUUCUAGCAAGGGCUCAAGAGGCAACAGCAAAAGCUUCCUCCAAUGCUCUCAAAUUGGACAAGAUGAAGGAGGGUAGAAUGCAAAAUAAGAGGAGAAACGGGAAUCAGAAUAGGAAUAGUAUGAACAAUAAAGAAAGCAGGGGUAGAGAGGGAAAUCAAGGAGAAAGAAACAUGAGACUGAAAAACCGUUCUAGUGAUUCUGUUCGUGCUAACAAGCAGCAGUGGAAUAAAGGUGCUAAUACGUCUUUUGUAAAGAAUCCUACUGGAAAUACAGUAGUUAUGCAGCCACAGUUCAAAAAGAUGCAGAAUGGCAAAAAUAAUUUGAAAGGAGAUGCGAGAGUCGAAGAUGAUUUACUUGAUGUCUUCAAUUCGUCGAUGGAGCAAAAACCUGUUAAUUUCAAUGGAACCCCCAAAUCUAAAGCAAGGUUUCAAAAAAAGAGUCAUAUCUUAACAGCAUCUAAAAGGAGAAAGGCUCCUCAACAGCAGCUACAGAAGGUUAUCAAGAGACCUGUCAGUUCAGAAUAUGUACUAGAAGAGCCCACUCCUUUAUCUUUGUUAGAAUAUACUCCUCAAGUUUUUCCAACAAAGGAAUCCAGAUUAGUCAACUUUACCUUAGAUAGCUUGAAAAAAUCCAAUUACCCCAUUUACAGAUCGCCAAAUUUGGGAAUCCUCAAAGUACAUGAUUUCACCCUAAACACGCCAAACUUUGGUAAAUAUACACCAGGAUCCUCCUUGAUUUUUGCCAAAGAGCCUCAAUUGCAGAAUUUACUUAUUGAAGAAGACCCAGAAGAUUUUCAUAGGCAAGUAACAGGAGAAUAUCAACUCUUAAAACCAUAUGUGAAAAAAGAUUUUGAAAAACUGACGAAAUCUAAAGAUACUGUGAGUAAGCUCGUACAAAAUAGUCAAGUUGUGAGGUUAUCAUUACAAUCUGUUGUUAUGGGCUCCGAGGAAAAGAAAUUGGUAUAUGAUGUUUGUUCUGGAAUGAAACCAAUUUCUGAAUUACAACAGUAA